GAAACUGAGGCCCAAAGAAGUUAUGCCACUUGGUUAAGAUCCCAAAGCAAGUCAGAACCAGAUUUAGGAUCAGAAACCUGGCUCCUGGCUCUCUAGUCUCCUGAGGAUCACUUUCCUGACAGACAAGGUAAGGGACACCACUCCAGUUGAAGAGGGGCAAGAUUUCACAGCUGCUUCUUGCUUGUGGAGAUUCAGUUCCUCCUUGAUCACUGUUCCCUAGAUCUCCGUGGAGCCUAUGACACACAGAAUUUUAUUUUCCAAAAAUGGAAUCGAGUAAAAAGAUGGAGUCUGCUGGCGCCCUGCACCCCAACCCACCACUGAAGCUGCAGUCUGACCGUGGCACCGGAGCUGUGUUUGUCCCGGACCAGGGAGGCUACAAGGAGAAGUUUGUGAAGACAGUGGAGGACAAGUACAAAUGUGAGAAGUGCCGCCUGGUGCUGUGCAACCCCAAGCAGACCGAGUGUGGACACCGGUUCUGUGAGAGCUGCAUGGCCGCCCUGCUCAGCAUGUGCUGUGAGCUGCUUAGCUCUGACUCCUGUGUCUCCAGCGUGUGCUGUGAACUGAUUAGCUCUGACUCCUGUGUCUCCAGCAUGUCUGAGAGCUGCUUAGCUCUGACUCCUGUGUCUCCAGUGUUUAAGGAUAACUGCUGCAAGAGAGAAAUUCUGGCCCUUCAGAUCUAUUGUCGGAAUGAAAGCAAAGGUUGUGCAGAGCAGUUAAUGCUGGGACAUCUGCUGGUGCACCUAAAAAAUGAGUGCCAGUUUGAGGAGCUUCCCUGCGUGCGUGCAGCCUGCAAAGAAAAAGUACAGAGGAAGGACCUGCGUGAUCAUGUGGAGAAGGCCUGUAAAUACCGGGAGGCCACGUGUAAUCACUGCAAGAGCCAAGUCCCAAUGAUCACGCUGCAGAAACACGAAGACACGGAGUGUCCUUGUGUGGUAGUGUCCUGCCCUCACAAGUGCAGCGUGCAGACCCUGCUGAGGAGCGAGUUGAGUGCACACUUGUCAGAGUGUGUCAAUGCCCCCAGCACGUGUAGUUUUAAGCGCUAUGGCUGCGUUUUUCAGGGGACGAACCAGCAGAUCAAGGCGCACGAGGCCAGCUCUGCAGUGCAGCAUGUCAACCUGCUGAAGGAGUGGAGCAGCUCCCUGGAGAAGAAGGUUUCCUUGUUGCAGAAUGAAAGUGUAGAAAAAAACAAGAGCAUACAAAGUUUGCACAAUCAAAUAUGUAGCUUUGAAAUUGAAAUCGAGAGACAAAAGGAAAUGUUGCGAAAUAAUGAAUCCAAAAUACUUCAUUUACAGCGAGUAAUAGACAGCCAAGCGGAGAAACUGAAAGAGCUCGACAAGGAGAUCCGACCCUUCCGGCAGAACUGGGAGGAAGCAGACAGCAUGAAGAGCAGCGUGGAGUCUCUCCAGAACCGUGUGACCGAGCUGGAGAGUGUGGACAAAAGUGCGGGGCAGGCGGCGCGAAACACAGGCUUGCUGGAGUCCCAGCUGAGCAGGCAUGACCAGAUGCUGAGUGUUCAUGACAUCCGCCUGGCCGACAUGGACCUUCGGUUCCAGGUGCUGGAGACCGCCAGCUACAACGGCGUGCUGAUCUGGAAGAUCCGGGAUUAUAAGCGCCGGAAGCAGGAGGCCGUCAUGGGGAAGACCCUGUCUCUCUACAGCCAGCCCUUCUACACUGGCUACUUUGGCUAUAAGAUGUGUGCCCGGGUCUACCUGAACGGGGAUGGGAUGGGGAAAGGGACACAUCUGUCACUCUUCUUUGUCAUCAUGCGUGGAGAAUAUGAUGCUUUGCUACCGUGGCCAUUUAAGCAGAAAGUGACGCUCAUGUUGAUGGAUCAGGGCUCCUCCCGGCGUCACCUGGGUGAUGCGUUCAAACCCGACCCCAACAGCAGCAGCUUCAAGAAGCCCACCGGAGAGAUGAACAUCGCCUCCGGCUGCCCCGUCUUUGUGGCCCAAACUGUUCUAGAAAACGGGACGUAUAUUAAAGAUGAUACAAUUUUUAUUAAAGUCAUAGUGGAUACUUCGGACCUGCCUGACCCCUGACAGCGGCCGGAGGCGGAUUUCGCAGAAGGUAACUCCUCUGGGGGGCUUGCACCGGUCUGUCUUCACUGAGGUCCUCGCGCUCAGGAAAGGAUCUUGUAGAAAAGAGGAAGCGGCAGGAGGAGGAUGUGCGGCCAGCGGGAGGCGCCACACGUGAAAACAGACCCCGAUAUGUUUCUAAUAGACUCAGCCACACUCCACUCUGAAGAAUUACUUACCUUCAGCAAGAUAAAUAUUGCUGUCAGAGAAGUUCCAUUUUCAUUUCUAAAGAUCUAGUUAAUUAAGGUGGAAAACAUAUAUGCUAAACAAAAGAAACGUGAUUUUUCUUCCUUAAACUUGAACAUCAAACAAAGAAAAUACACAUGGGGGUGGCUGGGCCCGUCAGCAUGUCAAGUAAAAGGAGAUUUUACAAAAUAAUAACACAGUUCUGAUAUAUUCAUUCUAAGAUUCAGAGUGCAAUCUUGUUUCAAAUAGAGUAUAUUGUCUAUUUUUCAGGCCUCAUCUGGUCUCCAUUUUAAUAAUUUGCUUGUCAGAAGACCCUGACGUACACCCAGGUCUUUGUUUUUUUUAAGUUUCUAAAUUCAGAAAUCAUUUUUUAAUUUAAAGUUCUACAGAUAAUUGUUACUGCAAACAUUUUAUUUGAAAACGUUGAAGGACUGAUAUUUCUUGGAAGAAAAUGUAAACUAUCAAACACUGGUUAUCACUUGUGAUAGGAAAGAGAAUAUUCAACCUGUUGUUAUUUCUCGUUAGAAAUGUAAACCUUCAAUAUCUGUCGUAGUUAAUGACACUACUUCAAAAUUAUUAUGAAAGGAACAUUGCUCAUGGAUGCUGUGCAUCAUUUUCAGACUUAUAAUUGUUUUCACCCUAAAAUAGGGCGUUAGUUGAACUUUGGAGUUCUAAACAAAAUCCUGUAGGUUUUUAAAAUUCUGCCCCACGUUUAGACGAGCUCUGUUGCUGACCGCACAGGCCUCCCGCGUCCAGUGCCGGGUGGGGGCGGGGGCUGUGCUGCAGGGGCCCGGCUGGUGUUGCUUCGUUCUGUCGUGCUGCUGCGUUUGCUCAGUGAUCUCUGAAAGCGACGGCUUAGCUUAGAGAUGGUGGCGUACGGUACAUGUGCCUUAGUUGUGACAUGCUGCUUUUUGCCCCGGGUGGGUUUGUGUUCAGCGUGAUUGUCAAAAGUGAUAGCUUCCGCAGACUCUCUCUCCACGGCUAGAUCUUUGUGUCCACGAGGGCCCUCAGCAACUCCAUACCUUCCGGGGGAAGCCAAGCUCCAUCCACAGCUCCUCGAGUCUUCACUGCUUAAUUACCACAGAUUCCAAACUCUCGGCCCCACUCCCAAGGAGGCUGGUGUGAGAAGCCGCGCCUCUCCGCGUCCCCACCCAGGCCCUGGGAGCCCGCCCAGCCCAAAGCAGAACCCCGAGCACUCCGGGGGACCGCGCUCUGGAGUCAUGCCUGGGCUGGCUGCUGCACAGCCCUCGCCACCCGGUCGGGAGCGGUGCCAGGCGGACGGCGCAGCCCGCGCCUGCGCCAGGCGGCGUUGUCACCUCCCUGUCGCCGCCUCUCGCGUGUCCACCUGUGACUGGAAGCCUGGAGCCCUGCCCCUGUGCCCCUUUCGCUAUGCACCACACACCAUGGUGCUCUUACACUGACGGGUGCUACACGUGACGGGUGCUUCUUAGGCAAAACCAAUGUGUGCGAACACCACAUCUGUGCACUUGCCCAAAAGGCGCGCCCACCAUUGGCCAGCUGGGCCGCGUGCUCCCGACUGCCUGCCUCUGGGCUCGCCCGUGGUCGCGCGGGGACUGCUGGGUUGGUGCCCCGGUGGCCCAUCUUGUCUCUGGUGCUGCCAUCUGUCCUGGGUGUGCCUUUGCCCCAGUGCCUGCUGGAAGUGCCCUCCUCGCACACUCAUCCCGCGCUUCCAUCCGCCGCCUCUUUGGUUCCAUGCCCCUCCAUGUUGAAACCCUGCUCCGCGCCCUGCUUGUCCAGGCGCUCUCCUGGGACGGCCGAGGGCUAGAUCCGCGCCCUGGCUCAGAACAAAGGGACUCGAGCGGAAGCUGCCGAGUUCACUGCCCAGCACCGGCAGCCCUGGCUCCUGGCUGGCCCUGGCUCCGCCCCAGGGAUGGAUGGAGGCCCCGGAAAGCCCACACCCCGGGCUCUGCAGCCAGGGCCGGCAGCGGCAUGCCCGCGGCCUGUUCAUUCAACAAGUCAUCCAGUCCCCGGAGACACGUGGCCGGGGAGGGCGGGGGCAGCGGCAGACCCCGGCGGGGUGCGGCCUGGGUGUGCUGGUACUUCCCCUCUCCUGGGACUUUGCCAAGGGGUCUCCUGGGGAUGUGGUGUGCUCCCCUCCCCCCCACCUUGCCCCAACGCCCAUAUGAAAGCUGGGGUACACUGUCCCGAGAUGAGGGUAGGCUCUUUGCAGCCAUCUUUCGUGUGACCUGGUAACAGUGCAACAGUGGGGCGCCGUGUGUCUGCCCGGCACGCGCGCUCGCGUUUGUCACGGCCCUGCUAGAACACCGUUCCGGGAGGUGCUGGACACGUCCUGCCGUGUGCUUGUGCUGCUCACCCCCAUAUUCCUCAGUGCCCCUUUGGUGCUUGCAGCCUGGGCCGUUUUGGGGCUUGGAUGCCCGUGCGGCUGGCGCCCGGCAGCAGGUCCGGCGGCGGCAGGGCGCCCUCUGCCUGCACAGGGCCUCGGCUCCAGAGAGCAGAGCGCGGGUCCUCAUGUGUGUCUGGGUGUUGGCUUUUAUGUACAGGGACACGACUGUUUACCUUUUGAAGAAACUAAGUCUUUGGCUCUGAGGGAAAGGGACUCAGCUUGCUGUUUCUGCUGGCCCAGAGGCCCCGCCCCUGGCACAAGAGAGGCUGAGAGUGAAGGCCUUCCCAGCAAGGCCAGGUGCUCAGGGGUGCGGUAGAGGUGUUGGGGGCCGUGGCUGGGCGUCCUUUGGCUCUUAGAGACCAGACAGAGCCCGCUGGAGGUGGCUUUGGGAUGGGGGGGCGGGCGAUGCAGUGAGUCUGAGUGGAAGGCGGGCAGCCCCACCCCCACCCCCAGCUCCCAGGAGCCCGGACUAAGCCUGGGCACACUGACACGUGCCCCGUGCAGACCAGCAGAGGAUGCGGAGAGGCUCCCGUCUUGGUCUUGGUCCCUUUCCUCUCCAGAGCAGCUCUGCCUGGACAGCACCAUGGCCCUGUGCUCCCAAACCGGCCAAAAAGGGGCCCUGGCUCGGCGGUGGCGUCACGCCUCUCCCUUCUCUGCCCAUCCCGGUUUCCUCGUGGGGAGGCGGGGCUCCGACCUGCUGGGGGUCACCAGGGCCUGCACACCCCCACCCUCGGACAUUCCUGCUGCACCGGCUUCCCUGUGGUGCCACGCCAUCGCCAGAUGCCCGCCAUCCCGGCUUGUCAUUACCAACACUCCUUCCUUUGACGCUGGCAGCGCCGACGGUCAGUGCAGGCCCCAGCAGCGAGCAGGUCGCACCCAGAAAAGGAUCGGGUGCUAGGGCAGGCCUCAGCAGCGUGCGAUCCCGUCCCGGCUCAGGCCUCCGCCACAGCCACGGGUCAGUGGCAGACUCUGGCGCCACAGGGAAGCCUCUGCCGGGCAGCCACGCACGCGCACGCGGGAGCGCCCCACAGAGCUCCAGAUGCUGCUUUUUUUCUUUACUUUCAGUCCAGAUUUUCACUUGGAGGCUGCGAGGCCCGGGCCUCUGCAUUUGAGGGAGGCCUGAACCCACACCCACUUCUCGGCCCAAGACCAUGGUUCUGUCUUCCGUGUGCAAAUCAUAGUUUUGUUUUCUUCCCAGAGUAACCCGUGUCCAUGAGGGGUGUCGGUGAGGUCGGGGUUGCAGGCGGGCCGGGCGUCCGGCCAUGGCGCUGCCUGGCAGACCACCGUGGCCCCUGAGGUGUCACCGCUUAUUGAAGUGUGCCUUGGACGCCAGGCAGGUGGGCAGAGUGUGACCCGCAGGGAGGUCAGUUGGGGGGGGGGUGCAGCCCCUCCCACUCGCCCCGCGUCUGGAGUCUGUCUUGUGAGCUCAGCGUGAGAAAGGGUUUGGAGUCCAAGGUUAAGGGUCCAGAGUCCCUGCGCCACUCGUGUAGGAGCGGCGUGUGGUUUUAUACCUUAGUCCCCUUAGACAAGUAAGACAACCUUCACGAGCAAACUAAACAACUUAAUUGGAAACCCCAAAGCCGGCCUUAUUUCGAAGGAUUUCCAUAAGAAACACCUAGAACCUCUGUGAUGAAGGAAGUGUGGAAGUCACGUAGACUGUGGUACGUUUCUAGAAUUGCAUUCUGUUCUCUGACGGUACACCUCUUACGUUCAGUUCUAUUACCCAAAAACACGAAGACCAAAGAAGGCCAAUCUCUCAUUUGACUGUAUUUUUAAUCUGCCUGUUUUACAAAUUGCCGUCUGUAGUAGCGGCUCGCUGUGAGGACCCAUCUUGACAGUCCAAGUGAUCGUGACCAGUGACUCGAGUCCUGCGUUCCUCUGCUCUUCUAAGAAAACAAGGAUGGUGUGAGUUAUUGCUCAGCAAUAAUUGUUGUUACUAGGAGUUAGCAACAUAUCUGAUUCCUGAAGCAUUAUUAUGUUCCAUACUUUUGUUUACUGUACAAUGUGUGUGGUUUUAUUUGGUAUUUAUUUGUUUUGAGGUCUUGCGAUGUUUUUGUUUCCGAUGCUAAUAACUAAAGUUUGUAAGACUGUAGAAUGCGAAACUUUGAAAUGCUAAACUGUCUUAUUAGAAGAAAAUAAAUCUGAUUAAGAAUC